AUGUCCGCUCCUCUAGGCUACGUGCCCGAGAAGCCGGCGACAGGCUCGGUGAACGACACGCUCAACGACCUCCAGAACGUGACGUCGAUCAUGUCGCGUCGUACAACACGUGACCUCGCGUUCCCGUCCCUCACGCAGGCCGUGACCAUCGGAAGCACCAACGAGUACCGCGCCGAGACCCAGGCCGGCUAUAUCCGCGCCAGCGAGCUCGAGAACGGUCUCACCCCCGUCACAAGCGCACACGGUGUCCACGAGCCUGUCGAUGAGGCUCUGGCGCGCCAAAUCACCAAGGCCGUCCAGGACAAGAAAAUUGUGACGUGGCGCGAAAACGACCCCGAAAACCCAUGGAACUGGAGCACUGCCCGUCGAUGGGCAUACACUGCCAUCGUCUCGAUCUCUGUCAUGCAGGUAGCCCUGAUGAGCGCCAUUGUCACUGGUGACUUCCCCGACCAGAUGGAAGAGUUUGGCGUGUCAUCUACCGUCAUCGCUCUUACCGUCUCCCUCCCCGUCGUCGGCUUUGGUCUCGGACCUCUCCUCUGGUCGCCGAUGAGUGAGCUUUUCGGUCGCCGUCCGCUUUGGAUUCUCCCCUUCUUCGUCUAUAUCGUCUUGAACAUUCCUUGCGCUCUCGCUCCAAAUCUCGGAUGCCUGCUCGCAUGUCGCUUCCUCGCUGGCUUCUUUGGCUCGGGACCCCUCACCCUCGCCGGUGGUACAAUUGCCGAUAUCUGGGGUCCCAAGGAGCGCGGUUUCGCUAUCGCCCUCUUUGCCGCUGCACCCUACGGUGGUCCCGUCAUUGGUCCCCUCAUCGGCGGCUUCAUUGGCAAGUACGCCGGCUGGCAGUGGCUGUACUGGGUCAACAUGAUUGCGGCCUUUGUCACGUGGUGCUUCAUCUGCAUCCUUCCAGAGACGUUCGCUCCCAUUCUCCUCAAGAAGCGCGCAAAGACCCUCCGCGCCGAGACUGGUGACGACUCCUUUGUCACCGAGCAGGAAGUGCUCCGCCUCUCGCUUAACGAGAUUGUGGUCGAGACCCUCAUCCGCCCCUUCCAGAUGCUCGUCGAGGAGCCCAUUCUUCUCCUUAUGAGCCUGUAUGUCUCGCUCGUCUACGGCCUACUCUAUGCCUACUUCUUCGCCUUCCCUGUCGUCUUCGUCGAAGGAUACGGAUGGGACGAUGCCAAGACGGGUCUGACCUUUAUCUCGGUGCUUAUCGGCGUCGCUAUCGCACUCUGCAUCACUCCCCUCUUGGAGAAGCGGUACCAGGCCAAGCUGCCCAACGUCACCCCCGAGGAUCGCCUGCCAGGCAUGCUCAUCGGUGGCCCAUGGGUUCCCAUCUCGCUCUUCAUCUUCGGCUGGACCGCCCCGCCCUACGUCAUGCCCCACGGCGCCUCGUGGGUCGGCCCCUGUAUCUCGGGCGUCCCGUUCGGCGCGGGAAUGGUCCUCGUCUACUCGUCAGCCAACGGAUACCUCAUCGACGCGUUCCCCGGCUACGUCGCCUCGGCACUCGCUGCCAAGACUGUCGUGCGGUCGGGAAUGGGCGCCGCUAUGCCGCUCUUCAUUCCCCAGAUGUACCACGGUCUCACAAAUGGCGGUGCGGCCUCGCUCCUCGGCGGUCUCGCUAUUGUCAUGGCCAUGAUUCCAUGGGCGUUCUGGAAGUGGGGCCGCAAGAUCCGCAUGCGCUCCAAGCGUGCCGCGGGCAACCAGUGA